AAAACCAAGAUCUCCACAUACGACAAGAUGUGGGAGUUUAUGAGCAGUCGGAAGCACUCUGUGAUGGUGAAAGAUAUUGACGAAGGGAUCCACCGAGUCCUCACCUCGGACUACGCCUUCCUCAUGGAGUCCACUACCAUCGAGUUUGUCACCCAGCGCAACUGCAACCUUACCCAGAUAGGGGGUCUCAUCGACUCCAAAGCCUACGGCGUGGGAACCCCCAUGGGUACGUCCUCCUCUCAACACCUAUAGCUACUUCUCAAGCACAAUUUCUGCAAAUACUUGAUCCUAUUUCGACAGUUAGGACAAAGGACUGAGCCAUACUCCCACCCACAGUACAUUCUCAUAACCCUGAGACAUGACCCAUGCAAUAACAUUCAAUGUAAUAGCACCAUGCAGUAAGAUAAGGCUUAUUAUGCUAUUUAAUAACACAGUCCACCACACAAUAGCAUGUGUCUCAUUUAAUAACCCAGCAAACAUACUACAUGUAUAAUGCUUUCAUAUUAUUCAAUACAAUUAUUUGAUAGUACAGCACACUAAUCUAUAAUAGGAAAUUCUAAUUGUAUUCGUCACAUACACAGUUUACAGCAGGUAUAUAAAGUGCAGCGAAAUGCUUGUGUGCUAGCUCCCUCAACACUGCAGUACAAUAAUCAAUAUCAAAUAUGAGAUUUGCUCUCUCUGGCUUUUCUAACAGAACGACUCCUUUGCACUAAUGGGGCUCGCUAACUAGACUAGUGCCAGUCCUUCUGAACAUCAUCUUUCGUCAUGUAAGCCAUGGCUCUGGUGUAUGUGUGUGUGUGUGUGUGAGAGAGACGAGAGAGGAGUGAGCAGUCUGAGCGUGCGAGCAGAGAGAGCGAGAGAGAUGAGGAGAGGAGAUAGAGCGCGAGCGCUAGACAGAGAGAGCGAGAGAGAGAGAGAGAGAGAGAGAGAAAGAGACAUUUAAGCACCCAGGGACCCUGAGUGCAGCAGCCGAUGAAAAAUGGAGAGAAGAAAUAACUGACAUAAAUCAUAAUGAAUGAGAGGUGUUGGGGCGUGGGCAACGCUGGUUUACACGUUGUGUGCGGGGGUGCAGGAUUUGAUUAUGGAGCUCAGCUGCAGAUUGUCUUAAUCCUGUUACACAUGCAGCCCCCGGCAGCGGCUGCCACAAAUGAAAAGGAAAAACUCCUUGUAAGUACCUGAGUUAUAAGGGUAAGAUCGCUCUGAGGCGUCGCUACAAGACAACUUAACACAAUGACCUGCAUGCAAAGGAGGCUGUUUUUUUUGUGUCUUCUGUCAUUUAUUUGGGGAGAGGUUGUCUGUCUUUCUAUGUUUGGGCCACUGAAGAAUUGUGGCUUUUAUACGCUGCGUAAAUGAACUCUAAAAGGUUUUGGUGUAACAGCCUCCCUGUUAUUUAGCGUGUAACACAUUGUUCAGUAUGCAGCAGGACACAUGCCUUUAGAGAACACAACACGUUGUGUCCCAUUUCCAUAAGAGGAUGGAUAAUUCUGUCCUUUAUAACAUCAGUGGCUAUUCGCUCCAUUUGUGUAUGCUUUAUGUAUUUCUCGGUCAGAAAGCACAGGGCCAUUCAGUAAGUGACUGUAUGAGAGAGCAGCAGAGAGGGUGUGUUUUCUGUGUGUGAUUGUGGUUUCUGAGUGAUUUGUCCUGCAGGAAUAUUUGCUAUGUGUGACCAGGGUGUUGGCGACAGCUGGAAUGGAAUAUGCUUCAUGGGCUGUGAUGCGUUUGCUAGGCACAGUGCAGGAAAGGGUUUGUCAUUGUGUGUGUGUGUGUGUGUGUGUGUGUGUGUGUGUGUGUGUGUGUGUGUGUGGGUGUGUGUGUGUGUUGUUAUGUGUGUGUGUUGACGGUUUGAGUGUCAUGUUCUGGUGCAUGUGGCGCCAUAAUCUGGCCAUUCAAUUGGUUGUGCAAUUUGUAUUAAGUGGUUGUGGCAAUGUGUUGAUGUGAGUGUGUGUGAUGUGAGUGUUGGUGGUGGGUGUGUGGUGUCUUGUCAGGCAAAGGGUGCAGGGUUUUGUGCAUGCGCACACAUCGUCGGUUCCUAGCUGAAAAAGGAUGGUUUAGCAUCAUCACUACUCCCUUGUGGCCCAUUCACAAGAGGGGGGGGGGGGUUUUUUUUUUGGGGGGGUUUAGUUUUCCCCCGGUUUUGAAAGGCCAUUUUCAAAUUUUUUUUGGGUUUUCUUUUAAAUGGGGGUUUUUUUUUGUGUUUUGUUGUGGUGGGGGUUUUUUUGGGGGGUUUUCCCCUUUUGGGGGGUUUUUUGGGGCCCCCGUUUUUUUGCCCUUUUUCCCCCCGGGGGUUUUUUGGGUUUUAAAUGUCCCGGGUUUGUUUGGGUUUUUUUGGGGUUUCCAAAACCCUUUCUUUUUCCCCCCCCGGGGGGAAAAGUUUUGGGAAACCCCUUUUCACCGGGGGGAUUCCCACCCCCCCCCUUUUUUUUUUUGGGGGCGCCCCGGGGGCCACCCCCCCCCCUCCCCUUUUUAAUCUCCUUUGCUUGUCUUGUCAAAUUACACACACCGGUUCAUCCCCCAAUUACCGUGAUAGUGUAGCUGGGUGGAGCUACCGUCCCUUGUAUGCCGGGGUAGAUUUUUCCCCGGGCCUUUUGCCUGUAUUUUGUUGUCGCUAUCCAGCGCAACGUGUACGACGGAAUAAACUCUGUAUUCGGUGAUUUACCCUCCUGCGCCUGACUCCUUCUAAUCACACUCAUCACACUCCCUCUGUCUGCACUGUAAUGGACAGAGUUAGUGUUAGUUAGCACGGCCGUCCAGAUGUUAUCCAUCUCUAACUCUAAUGGGAUAUUACUGCAUUGGCAACUGCUGUUGAUUCACAGUAUAACAUUUAGCCACUAGAAGAGGAGAGUACACCAGAGCGAAGUAUAUACAUCUGGUAGCUGAUGAUAUUAGAUGAGAAGAGCUGAAAGUAGGACCACGGUGAAGUUUGUAUCUAAAGGGGAUUGUUGUUGGCCUACAUAAGGUGGAGUGGAAGGGGGGAGGGACAUCUUCCGUACAAGGUUUCCUCAGAGGAAAUCUGAUGUUAACUAUUUGUUGUUAGAGUGAGUCUGUAGGAUUGUGUUUCAGUCAAGGUAGCUGCAGUGUUAUUUUCCCUCUGGGUUUGUGUUCAUAUCACAGUGAGGUGCUGUGUGUGUCACCCUUGAGAGUGAAGCCCAUAGGAGUAGUCCUAUUUUUCCCAUGGGGAAGUCCCCCACUCAAAACUUUAGUGUGUUUUGGGUUUUUUGGGUGGUUGUGUGUUUUUGUGUGUGUGUGUGUAUGGACGUUUUCCCGGAGAGGUAAAUUUGGGAGGAACAGUAGAUAUCAAAAAAUCUUCAAGGUUUGUUUAGAACUCGUGCCCCUCGGCCCUUUGAGUAAAAAGGGAAAAUUUUCCCGUAUAGUCCCCAAAAUUAUAGGUCUGAAAAAAAAUUUUUUCCCCCUUUUUUCCCCUUUGUUUUCUUCUUUCCUUUUUUAUUUUGUCUUUUUUUUCCCUUUUUCUCUUUUUUUUUCCUCUCUCUUAUUCUAUAUUUUCUCUCUCUCUCUCUCUCCUUUCCUCUUCUCUCCCCUUUCUCUCCCUCUCUCUCCUCUCUCCCCUUCUUCUUCUCUCCCUUUUCUCCUUCGCUCUCUCUCUCUCCCCUUCUUAAUCACUUACAGUAUUAGGGAAGUGCAUAUUUUGCAUUUCAGCAGGCUGUCGUGUGGUGCGGUGCGGUGCGGGGAAGUUGUCGCCAUGGUUCCCCUGUGGGUCGUUUAGCUUCGGAUCAUAAACGACAGAGAACAGCUCUGUAAGACCCGAAUGGAAUGCUGGGAAAUGGGACAUCUCCAAGAGCGUGACCCGCCUUCUGUUUGGGCGGCGACCUUCCUGUCCUAGUCCUGUACAUCAGAAGAGAGAGAGAGAGAGAGAGGAGAGAGAGGAGAGGAGAGAGAGAGAGGGAGGGAGAGGAAGGGACAGAGGGACAGAGAGAGGGAGGGAAGGGGUGAGGGAAGGAGGGAGGAAGGAAGAGAUGGAGGGGGUGGGGGGGAGGGAAAUGAGGACAAAAUUGAGAAAAUAUGACAGACCUGGCUGGGGCAGAAUUAAGAUUUCAGUCUAGAAGCGUCUGUGAACUACAGUUUACCAGAAAGCAUAUGAGAGCACAAUCAAAACACAGGGCGGAAUAUGUUUGCAGAAUAUUUUUUAUAAUAACAGUAUUCUCCAGGCAUUUAGAGGUAAUUGUAGGCCCUAAAAGUAAUCAUUUUAAAUAUUUACACACAUCCAUUUGCUCUCUUUUAUAUUUCCCCCUGAUCGACUUAACAUGCAAAACACAUCUUGAGAUGUAUUACAAAGAAGGAAAACAAAAUCUUAGAACAGGGAUAAAAAUACAACAUGUACUGAAGUGUGCCAGGCACAUUGGAAUUUUCCAUGCUGUUUUGUGGAGAGAUGCAUUAAGGGUUGGUGUGCUAUUACUGAGCUUUGAUCUGACAGAUUACAGCUAUGUGUCUUAUUCUGGAGUCACAAUGGUCUGUCCGUUCCCUCUCCUCUGUUUCUUCUGUUGGAGAAUUAAGGCUCUACAUGUAUGGCUACCCCAUGCUGCGAGGGCCUGUUUUCAGCUCUUCACAUUUACAUAUUCUGUUUAUCACUGAGAAACACAACGGUGCUAAACUUUCUCCUCCAUCUCUCACCCAGUAAGACUCAAUAGAAAGAGAGUACUUAAUUUCCAUUUUCUAACUGCUUCUUCACCCGUCACUCCAUUGGAAGACACAAGAGAAUACACAGUAUCUAUUAACCAUAAUACACCAAAGACUGUGGACUCUAUAGUGAUCUCAGGCUACUGCAAACACAUUUUCAUGUUUGUUAACUUCAACUAAUUUAUCUAAUUUUUUAAAAGAAAAGUCGCAUUACAGUGAGAGAAAAAAGUAUUUGAUCCCCUUCUGAUUUUGUACGUUUGCCCACUGACAAAGAAAUGAUCAGUCUAUAAUUUUAAUGGUAGGUUUAUUUGAACAGUGAGAGACAGAAUAACAACAAAAAAAUCCAGAAAAACGCAUGUCAAAAAUGUUAUAAAUUGAUUUGCAUUUUAAUGAGGGAAAUAAGUAUUUGACCUCUCUGCAAAACAUGACUUAGUACUUGGUGGCAAAACCCUUGUUGGCAAUCACAGAGGUCAGACGUUUCUUAUAGUUGGCCACCAGGUUUGCACACAUCUCAGGAGGGAUUUUGUCCCACUCCUCUUUGCAGAUCUUCUCCAAGUCAUUAAGGUUUUGAGGCUGACGUUUGGCAACUCGAACCUUCAGCUCCCACCACAGAUUUUCUAUGGGAUUAAGGUCUGGAGACUGGCUAGGCCACUCCAGGACCUUAAUGUGCUUCUUCUUGAGCCACUCCUUUGUUGCCUUGGCCGUGUGUUUUGGGUCAUUGUCAUGCUGGAAUACACCAUCCAUGACCCAUUUUCAAUGCCCUGGCUGAGGGAAGGAGGUUCUCACUUAAGAUUUGACGGUACAUGGCCCCGUCCAUCGUCCCUUUGAUGCGGUGAAGUUGUCCUGUCCCCUUAGCAGAAAAACACCCCCAAAGCAUAAUGUUUCCACCUCCAUGACGGGCAUGUAUAUGUGCUUUCUUGAGCAGGGGGACCUUGCGGGCGCUGCAGGAUUUUAGUCCUUCACGGCGUAGUCUGUUACCAAUUGUUUUCUUGGUGACUAUGGUCCCAGCUGCCUUGAGAUCAUUGACAAGAUCCUCCCGUGUAGUUCUGGGCUGAUUCCUCACCGUUCGCAUGAUCAUUGCAACUCCACGGGGUGUGAUCUUGCAUGGAGCCCCAGGCCAAGGGAGAUUGACAGUUCUUUGGUGUUUCUUCCAUUUGCGAAUAAUCGCACCAACUGUUGUCACCUUCUCACCAAGCUGCUUGCCGAUGGUCUUGUAUCCCAUUCCAGCAUUGUGUAGGUCUACAAUCUUGUCCCUGACAUCCUUGGAGAGCUCUUUGGUCUUGGCCAUGGUGGAGAGUUUGGAAUCUGAUUGAUUGAUUGCUUCUGUGGACAGGUGUCUUUUUUACAGGUAACAAGCUGAGAUUAGGAGCACUCCCUUUAAGAGUGUGCUCCUAAUCUCAGCUCAUUACCUGUAUAAAAGACACCUGGGAGCCAGAAAUCUUUCUUAUUGAGAGGGGGUCAAAUACUUAUUUCCCUCAUUAAAAUGUAAAUCAAAUUCUAACAUUUUUUACAUGCGUGUUUCUGGAUUUUUUUGUUGUUAUUCUGUGUCUCACUGUUCAAAUAAACCUACCAUUAAAAUUAUAGACUGAUCAUUUCUUUGUCAGUGGGCAAACGUACAAAAUCAGGAGGAAAUCAAAUACUUUUUUCCCUCACUGUACAUUUGCACACAUUGAAGUAAACCACAAUUCAAAUCAAGCUGGGAAAUUAUCAAAUGACAUAGAUGUUGUGGUUCGAGUAGCUUACACUUGUCAUCCUCCUUCACUUUGUGAGAGAGGGGAAUUCAGAAAUCAUUCUCUAAAGACAGUCGGACCACAAUCACAUGAUUUCACUGUCCAUUUAGUUGUUAUGGAGGAUUAUGAAGUGCAGACAAUGAUUCUACUGAAAUGCCAUGUUCCACUGCCCUGUAAAAUAUUUAGUUUGGCCUCUGCAGCAUUGCUGUUAACUUGACGGAAUUGAAUGAUUAAACCAGCCAUAAGCCAAGCCAGCAUUAUGUGAUAUCAUGCUGGAGCUUUGCUGGAUCAGAAAAUCCUCAUAUUAAUGUUUCCCCAUUGUGGGUUCUCUGGGGUUUCUCAAUUUGUUUUGCUACCAUAGCACUGGCUCUGGCUAGUAUUUCAGGGCUGCCUUUCCCUUAGUUUCCUCAGUCCUAGGGCUGUAGGUAGAGAGUGAGUGAUCUGACACACUGGGCUAGCUACAGUAGUGAGUGAUCUGACACAAAUAGGGCUAGCUACAGUAGUGAGUAAUCUGACACACACAGGGCUAGCUACAGUAGUGUGUAAUCUGACACACACAGGGCUAGCUACAGUAGUGAGUAAUCUGACACACACAGGGCUAGCUACAGUAGUGUGUAAUCUGACACACACAGGGCUAGCUACAGUAGUGCGUGAUCUGACACACACAGGGCUAGCUACAGUAGUGAGUGAUCUGACACACACAGGGCUAGCUACAGUAGCUGUUGUAUGAAUGAGACACCUGAAGAGAAAUGUAUUUAGAUGGAAAUGAAUUAUACGAGAGUUAGUGCUGCGUGUUUCACAUUAGUUAUCACCAUGGGGAUAGAUGUUUUGAAACAUGUACGCUGGGUUCUGCCUGUCUGUUAUUUUUCUGAUAAUAAAGAGAGAGAGAGAGAGACACACACACACACACACACACACACACACACACACACACAAAGCCUUGAGCUGAGGAUGAAGGACAAAGCACAUCCAAAAGUAUUCAAAGGUGGCCUGGUGACCACAGCACCACUAUUCUCUGCUCUUCAGGCAUAGCAACAGCACAGUGAGGAAGUGUUACUAUGGAGAUUGUCAAUCACUGCGUGCCUUUUUGUCUGCCCAGAUCCUGUUGCUAUUGUGUUGGUCCUCAUACAUACUAACAACUAGCAUUGUAUUGUUCUCUGCAUGGUUGCUUCUCAACAAACAGCCUUGAUACUUAAUAUUCAUCAAGCAAUGUUGUUUUCCCCUCUCCUCAACACCAAGCUGGCUAAAUUUCUGAAGAGUUGUUUUCCCCUCUCCUCAAAACCAAGCUGGCUAUAGUUCUGAAGAGCUGUUUUCCCCUCUCCUCAACACCAAGCUGGCUAUAGUUCUGAAGAGUUGUUUUCCCCUCUCCUCAACACCAAGCUGGCUAUAGUUCUGAAGAGUUGUUUUCCACUCUCCUCAACACCAAGCUGGCUAUAGUUCUGAAGUGUAUGAGAUAAUAAUAAGGGAGUGUGAUUGAGUUUUAAAUAAUUCAAGCAGCAUUAACAUCCUGAUUAUAUAGGCCCCUAGCCAUAGGGAGAGCUCUCCAGUCAAUGAUAUGAAAGGGGGUCGGGGAGAUUUCAAGUGUUUUCACUUGGUUUCACCCUUCAGGUCUAAUCAGAAAGCUCUGCGUGUGACUGGGUUUGAUCUGGCCAGCAGGGAACACGAACACGCCAGCCCUGUUUACCUGGCUGGUGCGGGGAGGCCUUGAGGCUGCUGGGAGUUUGGGGAAAUUCUCCCGGCACUGUGGAGAUGCCGUGAACACACACACACACACACACACACACACACACACACAGGGGCAGAGGGGAGCACUUCAAAGCAACACGUCGGCAGGACAUUUAUUUAUUAAGCAAAACAAAACAAUGCCCACUAGAGACAUUACCGCUAAUUAAGCAUGGCAACCAGUUUUAAUUAGAGAAACAAAAAAGAAGCAGAUAAAAGGAGGUAAAUUGCUGGUCCCUGGAAUCUAUUUCGGGUUUAUUGGUGUAUUGUUUGUGAAGCCCCCGUGGGAGCUGCAUGGCAGAAUCUAUGGUGCAUUCAGCAGCAGCCAGGACACUGUGGUUGGGAUGAUGGUGCCACACACACAGACACACACACACACACACACACAGACACACACACACACGUACACACACACACAUACUUUCCUCCUAAUUAUUAUCCAUCUCAAACCUCACCUGCCUUUUUUGGUCCCUCAGGCUCUCCGUACAGAGACAAGAUCACCAUAGCGAUACUGCAGCUGCAGGAAGAAGGGAAACUGCACAUGAUGAAGGAGAAGUGGUGGAGGGGGAACGGUUGUCCGGAGGAUGAGAAGAAUAAGGAGGCCAGCGCUCUGGGGGUCCAGAACAUCGGGGGCAUCUUUAUCGUCCUGGCGGCUGGACUCGUCCUGUCCGUGUUCGUGGCAGUCGGAGAGUUCAUCUAUAAGUCCAAACAAAAUGCACAACUGGAAAAGGUAAAGCAACAUCCUUUCACGUAUAGCCAGGUUGCAAUGACAAUGUACCUGUGUGUGGUUCUUAUUAUACUGAGAUUUUUGACAAGGAGACCAAUUUUUCUACUUUUCUAUUAGCUUUGUGUUUUGGCCUAGCUUACAUUUAUUUUGUGGUUUACAAAAUAUACCAUUUUUAUCACAUAUUUUUAUUUCUAUCACAAAAUGCACAACAUGAUGAAAGUAGAGACAUUUAGUCUCAUUGUAUUUGCACUAAACCAUCCCUCACCUCAUACUCAAUAAAGUGCCAUUGAUGUUUGGAUACGGGUGGAGGGGACAUUUACUCACGUGUUCAGUAUUAACACUUAUUUGAAUGUACAUGAUGUGCAAAAAGGACAGACAGACGGUAGCCAUUUUAGUUACACUGAGAUCACAAGGACAAUUUUACGUGAUGAUAGUCAGGUCUGCUCGUGAAACACUGAUGUUUAUGUAGAUACAGUAAUGCACCAUAUUCUUUAAGACACAGUAAGUAUGGGUUCAUUUUCUUGCCUUUAUCCACUUAGCCCCAACGGCACCAAGGUGAUAGGAAGCGUGAUGAGUUCUGCUGUCACCACGGACCCUCCAAGCAGCUACCUGUAGACUUUAACCACCAGCUCAAAUGACCUCCAGAAAGACUCCAGAGACUCCAGUCAUCUACGAUUACCUUAAAAUGCACAAAUUGUAUUUUCUUUUACUUCAGAUAGUUCCCGAUUGGGAAGUUUCCUGUCGAAAGAACUGGCAGCAAUGUUAUGGUCACACACCGUUUGAAUGAAAAGUUGCCAUUGGUGCAUGGUUGAGUGUAUGUGUUCGAAAGGUGGCUCGUAAAAUUAUAGGUGCACGGUUUCACACGAUGGGAAGGUUGGCUCAAAUGCAUGAUCCAUAACGUUCAUGUAAAUGUCACCAGUCAUAUGCCUUGCCACUCUCGUCUUCAUGUCACCCUCAACACACAGCGACAGACAUCCUCUCCCAAAAAACAAAUAAUUAUUAACAGAUACACACUUUUGGACAGACAAGCCAAACUGAAUCAAGCUAUAAUUGCAAACUCUCUGAAGGCUUGGUUUUGGAAGCACAUGUAAGCUUUCAGAUAUUAUAACAUAUUAAUGACUAUAUUGAAUAAUCCCAUAAAGUCAAAUGCUACAACAAUACAUCACUCAUCGUCAACAGCAUGUAAACCUUUUGAUGUUCCCCUGAAUCCCAUAUUCUGUCCUUCCUGUCCUGUCCUUCCUGUCUGUCCUGUCCUGUCCUGAUCUGUGUUUCAUGUCCUUCCUGGGAUUCCUGUCCUGUCCUUCCUGGCCUGUCCUUCCUGUCCCGUCCUGUCCUGUUCUUCCUUUCCUGUCUAACACAGUGCUCUCUCACCCAACAACAGUCUCAUAAAUCUCAAACGCCGACCCCUACUUAACUCUCCACAGGAGCCUGGUCUGCACUAAGAGCUUUUUUCGACACCAUCCAUCGAUCGCACAACGCAGUGAUGCUGCUGCUGCUUGGCCAUAAGCCCCCAUAUCGAUGAUUCCGAGCUCCUAGUCGUGAAUUGAUGUUCACAGAGUCCUUCUGUCAACGACAACACACACAGCACAGCACUACACCCACAGACCAGCCAGGGUAGACAGGAGGGGAGGUCCCCCAUCAAUAAAUCAAAUCAAAUCAAAUGUUAUUUGUCACAUACACGUGUUUAGCAGAUGUUAUUGCGGGUGUAGUGAAAUGCUUGUGCUUCUAGCUCCGACAGUGCAGUAGUAUCUAACAAGUAAUAUCUAACAAUUUCACAACAUAUACACAAUACACACAAAUCUAAGUAAGGAAUGGAAUUUAGAAUCUAUACAUAUAUGGACGAGCAAUGACAGAGCGGCAUGGACUAAGAUAGAGUAGAAUAUUAUAGAAAAUAGUAUAUACAUAUGAGAUGAGUAAUGCAAGAUAUGUAAACAUUAUUCAAGUGAUUAGUGUUCCAUUUCUUAAAGUGGCCAGUGAUUUCAAUAGACAGCAGCAACCUCUAAUGUGCUAGUGAUGGCUAUUUAACAGUCUGAUGGCCUUGAGAUAGAAGCUGUUUUUCAGUCUCUCGGUCCCAGGUUUGAUACACCUGUACUGACCUCGCCUUCUGGAUGAUAGCAGGGUGAACAGGCAGUGGCUCGGGUGGUUGAUGUCCUUGAUUAUCUUUUUGGCCUUCCUGUGACAUCGGGUGCUGUAGGUGUCCUGAAGGGCGGGUAGUUUGCCCCCGGUAAUGCGUUCGGCAGACCGCACCACCUCUGGAGAGCCCUGUGGUUGCGGCGGUGCAGUUGCCGUACCAAGUGGUGAUACAGCCCGACAGGAUGCUCUCAAUUGUGCAUCUGUAAAAGUUUGUGAGGGUUUUAGGUGCCAAGCCAAAUUUCUUCAGCUUCCUGAGGUUGAAGAGGCUCUGUUGCGCCUUCUUCACCACACUGUCUGCGUGGUGUCAUUGGAUGUCAUUGAAAUAAUCAUAACGAAGUAUAAGGCUAAUACAAACCCAUAAGGAAGGUUGGUAGUGAGUAGAGUAGGGAAUAAUAGACAGCCGAGCCAGAGAAAAGAGAAGGAGAGUGAUGAUUUAAUAGAAACAUCUUUUGAUGUUGAUCAUGAUCUCUUCUUGGUGUUCUUCAGCAUGUCUUUGUGUCAGACAGCAGUUGAAGAAGAUAAGGUUCACACUCUUAUCAGCUCAGAACUAGGUGGAGGAGCGUGUCAUACAGAUAGCAGAUAGAUCUAGACAGAGAAUAGACCUCACUCACAUAUCUGUUUUCAGGAAGACUUGAGUAGUUGUCAGUUGUCAGUCCAUUUCCAAAAGUUUUUUUGUGUGGCAUAACAUUUUAUUUUCACACUAACUGUGCCUGUAUGCUACAAUUAUGUAAGUUAUGUACCUCAAUAUUUUAACAUCCAAUUGAUAACCAACAAAGGUGUGUAUUGCUUUUCAUAAAUUCUCAUAAUCAUUUUUCUUUUUAAUGUCAGAUCAUCUGUGAAGCAAUACAUGUUUUACUCAUCCAAAGCAAAUAGACAUUCUCCAAGAGGUUUGAGCCUCACACAACCACAAUGUGUAGGUUAGUAUGUGUGGUACAUUGCUACUGUUUUAACUGUAAAACCUUGACACGAUAUGCAGUGUACCAAGUAUUCCCAAAUCAAUUCAGUAAUUAGUCACAUUUGAAAAUACCUGAUAUUGUAUUUAAUUGCACAAGAUCCUUUACUUGAAUGUGUCUACAGUACAGGGUUGUUUUUCACCACGAUGCUGUAAGUGUCAACUUGAAAAAUGUGUUACUGAGCAUCUCUUUGUUGGGUUUGUCACCCUGCAAUUUGCAUUUUAUAAUUACUUAUUUUUUGUAACUUAGAAAGGAUAAAGAGAAAAAUAAAAUAGAAAGGAAGUAAUUUAUUUAAUGUUAUGAGCCAUACACCUUAUAAUGUGAGCAUUUGUUAAUAUUAUUUGCCAAAUCCAAAAAUACAUGUAAUGACAUUAAUUGUAUGUUUAUUUGAAAUUAUUUAAAUUUACUUAACUCAGAUUGUGAUACAGAAUAAUUAGGUUUUCAGUCUAAUAUUUUCCACUUGUUAUUAACUUUAAUAAAAGAUUGAGAAACAUUUCAGGUUUUAGUAGGCUUGUCAUUCUGCUUCACCCAAUGAGGACUUUCUCUCAUAACUCCACACAUUUCCAUCAUCACAACAUGGCUGGCUUUCAGAAAAAUACCAUGAUCACCAUGGUUAUCCUCUUCCCUCUCUUCCUCCUCUUCCUUCUCCUCCACCUCUUCCUCUUUCUCAUGCCCCUCUUCCUCCUCUUUAUCCUCCUCCUCCACCUCUCCAUCCUUCUCCUCUUCCUCCUCCUUCAGCUCCUCCUCAUCUUCCUCCCAUUUCUCCACCUCCCGCUCCUCCUCCUCCUCCUGCUCUUCCCUCUCCUCCUGCCUGCUGCUGAGGGUGCUGCAGAGUAACCUGGCUCUCCAGGGACAGGGAUCACCAGCUGUGUGUGAGGAACCAUCCAGCUCCCCGCUUGCACACACACACACACACACACACACACACACACACACACACACACACACACACACACACCACACACACACACACACACACACAGGAAUGUAUGCAUGCACUUAUAUAUGUGCACACACACACACACCUGCUCGGACAGAUGUGCACACACAGAAACCCAUUGACUACACACAAAAAAAAAGUGACUAUUCAUCUCUUGCUUGCCCUCCAUUUCUCCAUCAUGCUGUCAUGGAGUGAGAGCUGGAGCUGGAGCUACUUUAGUGUCUUUCCAUCCCAGCUGUUAUACCCAACCUGAGCAGCAGCUCUGGGGGUCUAUAGAUCCUUGUAGGUGGUGGUACAGACUGACUGGGCUGUACUGUACAUGGGCAGCCUGCAAAAUACCCACCAUGGCCUUCUUCCAUUAAGGUAGUAAAAAAGCUGUAGGGCAGUAAAAGUGUUGGAUUUAUUAUUUCUCCAUCUCACCUCCUUAAGUGGACGUUUUCUUCCUGUCUUCCUCUGAGCCAGCCCAGUGUGCUCUGAGACCUGAGACUGUUCAGCUCAGGAUUGGGUUGCUGGUGGUUGGGAAAUGUCGUCGUAAAUACUCUGUAAUUCAAUAGCCACCACUAAACAGCCACCAUCAAUCCAACCAUGAGCCCAGCAGCCAUGAGGCCAUGAUGGAGAUGUGUCCCCUGAGUCAGGGAGGGUUUUCUUAGCCUGCCUGGAAAGCCAGAUGGGUGGGGUUUUACUUUUGGGACUUUUCUAUUGGUCCUAGAUGGCCACUAAGCCCACACACUUUAUGAGUGGAAUGAUAUCCUAGGUAGAACAUGCUAUUCAAUCUCUCUUUCCCAGAGAAAAUCAAUAGCCAUGAAAAGCAUGUUUUCUGAAGGGCUUGUAGUCAAUCAGCAGGACUUCAAGGAGUAAUUCCUGCAACUCCAUUUGUAGCUUUUUACUGUACGUUUUUUUUCGGGAAGAAGACGAACAAUAUGAUAUGAUAUAGAUAUGAUUUAUGAAUAUGAUAUACACAUAAUAACAUAUAAUAACAUAUACACUCAGAUAGGUGUAUACCUUCAUACACAGCUUAUACACCCAUAUCCAAAUACUCCAUAUGAAUAGAAUUUUGAUUGGUGGUGAAUUGAUAUGAUUGUUGGUAUGCUGGAAAGCAAAAGCAUUACAACAUUUGCAUGGGUGGGAGUCCUAUAGCCAAAACUAUAGAAUGUGUUAAUGUGAGAUACCUGUUCAUUAGGACAACUCAUAACAAUGUCAUAACCCAACAAUUGGUCAUAGAUGAGGAAUAAAUGCACUAAGGAGAAGGCUGCCUGUUAGGUAAGCAUUGGCAUGAGUCACUGAAUGACACUCAAUCACUAGCUGACUUAGCAGCAUAAAGUCUUCACUGUUUUCUUCAUCCCUGUGUUCUUGUUAGUAGACCAACCCAGCCUUCAAUUGCUUGAGGUGGGCAGAGGCCUUAUUUCUCUUGACAGGAUGCUUGACCCCUUUCACAUUCCAGCUAGUAAGGUAGACAUCCCUGUGUUCUCUAUCAACUCAAUUAUUUGGCAUACGUACUGUACCAGACAUUACCAUAGUGACGUUGUAAAAUACAAGUUUUCUUUUUAUGUGAAUGAUUUAACCUAGACUCGAAAAACGACCCCCUCUUUUCAGCUGCAAACAACAUUGUAUUAGUCCCUUGAAAUCUGUUUCCCCAAUAGUACCUCCAGGAAUAGCAGUCUCAGGUUUAGUUGAGUCACUCUGCGUUGUUCAAUGCAUCAUUCGCAAAUGCCAGAGUAGCUUUUGAGAAAAGGAGAAGGAAGCUGAAGAGGCAGCAUCGUAAUUGGCCAUGCAGCUACAUGGAAUUUGAGUCAGACGAGAUGUAAUAUGCAUCAAUAAGUCAUGCUGCUAUCUGGGCCUGGGCUCCGGCUGGGCUGCCUGGCAGAGAGGGGUGAGGGAAAUCUGCCAUGGAGAAAUCGCUUUAGCUAGCCUAGGAUGCUCACUGUGUGUGUGUGUGUGCAUGUGUGUGUGUGUGGUGUGUGUGAGUGUGAGUGUGUUUGCGCACUUGCGUGUGUGAAUGUGUGUUCGCUCGUCCAUGUGUGUGACUCCAGAUGGACUCCAGCAUCUCGGCACUGUGCACAGCUUUCCUUCUAACCCUCUUCAAUCCACCCUUCCCAAUGCAUUACCCCCCCCCCCCUAGACCAUCUAGCCCUUCCUUCAUCCCAACCCCUCCACUCACCAACCAAAUUUCACACCUGUGCUUGAUUUGAAACUGAAUCGUUGCCAGGGAUAAAGGCAUGUUUUAAUUAGCAGUAUGUCAACACAUUUUAAUAAUUUUAAGCUAUUAAUGCAAGCCACCAUAACCAGGUGUUGCUGUACAUGAUCAAAUAGCUGUACCGUUGUAGUAAAGAUACUUAUGAUACUGUAAUAACAGUCUGUGGAUAAAGUUAAUGUUUCUCAUCUCUUUGAAAACAUCAUGUUCUUAAAUCUCUUGUCUCCCAAUGCAAGCGGAAGCCCUGCCAACCUCCAGUGCAAAUCCUGUCCCGAUUCCCACCUACAUCUAUCCCCCUUAUCCACCUACUACACUCAAAGACUAUGGACAUGCAACCUCCAUUCAAAUCCCCCAGCCCCAGCUAGAACUCCAGCCCCAGCCCACCCACCCUUUCCUGAGCCAGCUCCUCUCUCCCUUGCCUGCUCUGUGUCACCAUGGCAGCUCUCAGAGAGGGGGCUGUAGAAAGCCUGCCCUGGGGGAGGAGCAGCUCUGCAGUGGUCUGCUUCUUUACUGGAACUGGAGGAAGAUCUCUCUGAAAUCCCUGUUUCUCUCUCUCUCUCUCUCUCUCUCUCUCUCCCUCUCUCUCUCUCUCUCUCUCUCUCUCUCUCUCUCUCUCUCUCUCUCUCUCUCUCUCUCUCUCUCUCUCUCUCUCUCUCUUUCUCUCCUACAGAGGUCCUUCUGCAGUGCCAUGGUGGACGAGUUACGGGUGUCCCUCAAGUGCCAGCGGCGCCUCAAACACAAGCCCCAGCCGCCCGUCAUGGUCAAGACAGAAGAGGUCAUCAACAUGCACACCUUCAAUGACCGCAGACUGCCAGGCAAAGAGACCAUGGCCUAGAACAGGGCUCCAUCUCUCUCUAUCCCUCUAACUCUUUCUCUCUCUUUAUAUCUCUCUCUCUGCUGGAACUGGGAGGCGUGUAGGGUGCAGAGACACUGGGGGAGGGAGAAAGGGUGAUAGUUGAUUUAUGUGAGUCUAUUGGGGGGGGUAAGAUAGAUGGGAGAUGAGAGGAAAAGAGAAGAGAAGAAAGAGAAGAGAGAGAGAAGAGAAGAGAGAAGAAGAGAAGAGAGAGAAGAAUAAAGAGAGGAAGAAGAAAGAGAGCAGAGGAAGAGAGAGAGGAGAAGAAGAGAGAGAGAGAAGAGAGGAGAAAGAGAAGAGAGAGAGAGCAGAGAGAGAAGCGAAGGAAGAAAGAGAAAAGAGAAGAGAAGAGAAGAGAGGAGAAGAGAAGAGAGAAGCAGAAGAGAGGAGCAGAGAAGAGAAGAGAAGAGAGGAGCAGAGCUGCUCUGAUCACUGA